AUGCUCACAAGGAACUGCCUGCUGCUGUUCCUUUGGUUUCUCUUCAACGAGGGCUCGGUCUCUUCCUUGCGUCCCCCUUCGCCACCGCUGAGCAGGAGCAGGACGGGGCGGGAGCAUCCCAGGAGCCUGGUGGGCCCGAUGAGGAAUGGGGCGGCUGGGUUUCAGCGGGUCAAGCGGGGAUGGGUGUGGAACCAGUUCUUCGUGCUGGAGGAGUACAUGGGGUCAGACCCGCAGUACGUGGGCAAGCUGCACACUGACCUCGAUAAGGGGGACAAUGCGGUGAAGUACACUCUCUCUGGGGAAGGGGCCGGCUCCAUUUUCACCAUCGACCAAACGACGGGGGACAUCCAUGCCUUAAGGAGUCUUGACAGGGAGGAGAAGCCUUACUACACCCUCCGCGCCCAGGCUGUUGACAUCGACACCAACAGGCCCCUAGAGCCCGAAUCAGAAUUUGUAAUCAAGGUCCAAGACAUCAACGACAAUGAGCCCAAGUUCCUGGAGGGCCCUUAUACAGCCAGCGUCCCAGAGAUGUCACCAGUGGGGACGUAUGUGACGCAAGUGACAGCCACCGAUGCGGAUGACCCUACUUAUGGAAACAGUGCAAGAGUGGUGUACAGCAUCCUCCAUGGGCAGCCAUACUUCUCUGUCGAUCCUAAAACAGGGGUUAUAAAGACAGCCUUGCCCAAUAUGGACCGAGAGGUGAAGGAACAGUACCAGGUAUUAAUCCAGGCCAAGGACAUGGGAGGCCAGCUGGGGGGGCUGGCUGGGACCACCACCGUCAACAUCACCCUCAGCGACGUCAACGAUAACCCGCCCAGGUUCUCCAAAAGUUUCUUUCACCUAAGGGUACCCGAGUCCUCUACGGUGGGAUCGGCUGUAGGGAGAAUCAAAGCCCACGACCUGGACAUCGGGAGGAACGCGGAAGUGGAGUACAACAUCGUUCCGGGAGAUGGAGGCGCCAUGUUUGACAUCACCACCAAUGAACACAACCAAGAGGGGAUCAUAAUCCUCAAAAGGCCCCUGGACUAUGAAACCAAGAAGGCGUACACCUUUAAGGUAGACGCCUCCAACGCUCACCUGGAUCCGCGUUUCCAAAGCUUCGGGGCCUUCAAAGACACCGCAACAGUGAAGAUUAACGUUUUGGAUGUGGAUGAGCCCCCGGUGUUCAAUAAGCCCUCCUACGUGAUGGAUGUGUAUGAGGACACGCCCGCGGGCACCAUCAUCGGAGCGGUGACAGCACAGGAUUUAGACGCCAGCAGCAGUCCAGUCAGGUAUAAGAUCGACUGGAAGAGCGACCUGGACAGCUACUUUGACAUCGAUCCGGUCGAGGGAACGAUCUCCACCAACGAACCACUUGACAGAGAGAGCAUCGCCCAGCACAAUAUCUCCAUUGUGGCGACGAAACUUAACAGUCCAGUCCUGACCAGCCGAGUGGCCGUCACCGUCCACGUGCUGGACAUCAACGAGUUCCCGCCUGAGCUGGCCAGCCCCUAUGAGACGUUUGUGUGUGAAAACGCCAAGGAGGGACAGGUGAUACAAACCUUUAGCGCAAAAGACCAAGACCUCCCCAGUGCCGGCCAGCAGUUCUCCUUCAAAUCACCAAAGGAGGACGUGAAAAACAAGAAUUUCACCAUCCGGGACUUUGGGAACAAUACAGCUGGCAUCGUGACAAAGCGGAGCGGCUUUCGACGGCGUUUACAGGAGAUCUAUUUUCUCCCCGUGGUGAUUGAAGAUAAUGGCUACCCGCCCAAGACCAGCACAGGGACCCUGACCAUUCGCGUAUGUGGAUGUGAGUCAGAUGGCUCCCUGCUGACCUGCAGCGCAGAGGCCAUCUUUCUCCCCGUGGGGCUCAGCACGGGCGCUCUGAUCGCCAUCCUGCUUUGCAUCAUCAUCCUGUUAGUCAUCGUGGUGCUCUACGUGGGCCUGAGACGGCAGAAGAAAAAGGAGACCCUCAUGUCCUCCAAGGAGGACAUCCGGGAUAACGUGAUCCACUAUGACGACGAGGGCGGCGGCGAGGAGGACACGCACGCCUUCGACAUGGGAACACUUCGCAACCCCAAGGUCAUCAAAGAGAACCUGUUCCGGCGGGACGUCAAGCCCGAGAUGAAGAGAGGUCCCAGGGCGCCCGUCUCCCAGGACAGCGCCGACAUCCGCGACUUCAUCAACCAGCGUCUGAAGGAGCACGACAUGGACAACUCGGCCCCGCCCUACGACUCGCUGGCCACGUACGCCUACGAGGGCGACGGCUCGGUGGCCGAGUCGCUCAGCUCCAUCGAGUCCCUGGCCAUAGACCUCGAGGAGGACUAUGAUUACCUCAACGACUGGGGGCCGCGAUUUAAGACUCUGGCAGGGAUAUUCGGGGAACAGUCAGAAACUCAGUCCGACACAACGACCACAGAGAACACGCAUUGAUGUUAUUCAUGGACUCAAAAAAAGCAAAUAUGUAACAAUUUGGUUGGCUACGCAGUUGUUUUAGCAUUUUCUCCCUUCAUUUCUACCGGUUUCCGUUUUGUUUCCCGCUUGCCAUUUUCUACGCUAUCUGGUACUUGACCAUGUUCAGUCCCAAAAUUGUACAAAACGAAGGUACGUACAGUGACACGGUUAGGUGAGCAAGGCAGCCAUUCAAUUAUCUUUCAAUUGAAUGUUGUUUGUUGUCAUCAUAUGUUUUGUUUCCUCCUGGGGAAUACGCGUACACACGGGAAAUGCUGCCAUUUCCUAGAACAUCCUUAAAAGUGCCUCAAUAUAAUUGUUCUCUUACUUUCUAGUCCAUGCCACAUAUCCAAUGUUGUCUCUCUCAGAACCCCUUAAGUGAAGCUGAUUCUCUCAGCCUACUGUGCUCUGACUGGCCGAGUCAUCUACCGAGACCAAUGCUAACUCUGUGGGGACAAUGAAGUGGCCGAGGUUUGGCCAAAGAUGUUUUGAAUGUUAUUUAUUGUUCUAUUUAUUUAUUGGCUGGCUGAUUUGAUUUGAUUUUUUUGUGUAUUUAUCUAUUUAUCUCUCAGUCAUCAAUCUGUAUUUUUUAUUUUUUGGAGACACUCGAGGAUUUUGUAAUUAUUCAAGACCCACGUGAAAAUGGACGUUUCUGUUAGGUGGGUCCUGUGAAUAGACUUGUACUAGACUUGUAAAAAGAUAAAUUAGGGCUAAAUAAUGCAGUUCAGUCAUGUAAUAAACACUGUUUUCUUAAAUAA